GAGGCAAUGACUUAAAUGGAACUAAUGUAAUUAAAAAUAGUUUUAACAAAGGAAAAUCAUAUAAAGGAAACGAAAAAUUAAAAGCUACAAAGGAUGAAGACAAUUGGAGUGACUUAAACUUUUGUGAAAAGACGAGGAAGAUGAUCUCUCUUAUAACAGUAGAACCAAUUUUAGCGUGCUAUGUUAUGCCUUCCGUUCUAUCUGCUUUGGCGUCACAGAAUUUAUACAUAGAAAAGGCAUGUCGAGUAAAUUUAAGAUUUCCACACCAUGUGUGUGACGCACUGACUCGAAGGGAAACGUCCAAUUAUACUGCCGAAGAAGAGGCAGUACAGCAACUGGUUGCGUCCGUAACUGGAUGGAAGACUGUACUGCAAUCUUUUUUGCCUUGUUGGAUCCUUGUAUUUCUUGGAGCGUACAGCGAUAGAGUUGGUCAGAGAAAAUUUUGUAUGCUGUUGCCUAUAGUCGGAGAGUUUCUUACAAGUAUAGGACUAAUUUUGAAUACUUACUUUUUCUAUCAGCUGCCCUUGGAAGUGGCAGCCGUCACUGAAGCAAUAUUCCCAGCUUUGACCGGCGGGUGGUUCACGAUGUUCAUGGGAGUGUUUAGUUAUAUAGCAGAUGUUACCACUGAAGAACAAAGGACUUUAAGAAUCGGCGUUGUGAACUUGUUUUAUUCUGUAGGAGUGCCUGUAGGAGCUGCUCUAAGUGGAAUUGUCGUGCGAAAAAUGGGUUUAUACGGAGCAUUCUCCAUAAGUGCGACAUUGUACGUUCUCAGUUUCUUGUACGGAUUCUGGAGAAUUAAGGAAGUGAAGAAAACAGAUUCUAAUGUUAAACCAUCGAAGAAUUGUUGCGAAUGGAUGCGUAACUUCUUCGAUAUGCGUUACGUAAAGGAGACAUUGAUGGUGGCGUUUAAAAAAGGGCCCAAUAACCGACGCCUGCGCGUCGUCAUGCUAGUCGUUGUGCUCUGUGUUGUCAUUGGACCCAUUUAUGGUGAAAUGGCGGUAACUUAUCUUUUCACGAGGUAUCGUUUUAACUGGAACGAAGUGGACUUCAGUAUGUUUUCAGCGUACUCCAUGUGUACUUCAUUAGUAGGGACUUUAUUUUCCGUUGGCGUAUUUAGUCACCUGAUGAAGUUGGAUGAUGCUAUAAUAGGAGUUAUAUCGUGUACCAGUAAAAUACUAGCUGGCUUUAUGUACGCCUUUGCUACAAAAACUUGGCAAAUAUACAUAGCACCUUUGAUUGAAAUCUUCAAUGGAACGUCAUUUAUUGCGAUGCGUUCAAUGGUGUCUAAAUUAGUAGACAAGGAUGAAUUGGGAAAAGUUAAUUCAUUCUUCGGGGUUGCUGAAGCAAUGAUGCCUCUAGUUUAUGCACCAAUGUACACGACGGUUUACUCGGCGACCAUAAAAACAUUCCCAGGCGCCUUUUUUCUUCUUGGGGGCGGCUUGACGGUGCCAGCUGUCGUUAUAUUCUUGUGGUUAUACUUAGCAAAUAAGAAACAGGAAAGAGCUGAAAACAAAGAGAAAGAAAUGACACUUGGGGAUAAGGCAACAAAACAAAAAAUGGGUAUAGAAAAUAAGGCGUUUGAAGCUGAAGAGAGUAAAAUUAGAAAGAACAAAGAAUAUGCAAACAAUGCUGGAUCGGACUUAGACAAAGACAACGUAACACAGUCUCAAAUAGAAAUGGGAUUUACAGAAAGCAUGGUUUGCAGCAACAAGCUAUAAAUAACUUGUUUUACUACAAGGAAUCAAUGGCAGUAUCUAGUAAUAAUGGAAGCGUGUUGUACUAAACUGAUUACUUGUAAGGUUUAAAUCUAAAUAUGGUGUCUGAUCAAAUUUUAUCAGAGAAAACGUUUUUAAAGGAAAUUGUAUAUAAUAAAGCCACAUACGAUAAUGCGUCAAAAGUAAUUUUACCACAUGAAUUACUUGAAACAAAUUAUAGAUAUGUAAAAUUUUAUAAAUAUCCUGUUGUCCUUCUCCUAGUGUCCAAUUUUUUAAUAACAAUAGAGCUCAUUUUGAAAGAGUACGCCCAGGGAAGAAUUGCCACCUUACCGGUUUCUGCCGCCGAUAUUACAGGCUCAUGGAACUACUCAUGUCUCAGGUUGACGGGCGCAAUGGGAAUGGCUCAGGACUUUACUGCUUAAAACUCUAAGGCUCAACUCACACUGGCGCAGAGUCGAAGCGUCGCGACGCGUCAUGUUUUUCGCCUAUAGCAUAUUCAUCUCUAUUUUCCCAUUAUUAAGGUGCAAAUUUGUGUUAUGCAAAUAUGGAGUCAACUCGGCUCCAGUGGAGCGGUUUGAGCGCGAUACUUGAGCGCAGUGAGGCGUCAGAUGCCGACCACAAUGUGAUCCUUGGAACUGCUAUGGACAGACGUGUUGCUUACCAUCAAAUGCACGAUUUGUUCGUUCCGUCACGACAUAUAAUGAAAAGAGCAUAAAAUAGUUAUCGACCAAUUUCGUACGUAGAAUCUUAAACCUCUCUGUUAAAAAGUUAUCAUUAUUCAGAUGUGGUCUUAUUAUACCGAGGGGGCGAUUUAUUUUCAAAAUUAUUAUUAUUUAGAAACACAUGGCGACUUUUAACAUUGAUGCAGUAUCGAUGCAGUCGCUAAUCUUCUAACUUUAUGCUCAGGCCACACAGAAACGGCCGCGGAAGCGAUCCGGGCGCGGGAUUUUUUGUAAUGUACGAGUUCACAUGAACCCUGCCAUACUGAAACGCCGACCGCGUUUCAAUGUGGCAAGGAAUGCUUCCGCGGCCGCCUCCAGAGCAUUACACUCGCGCGAAUUUAAUCAGCGACGCAAAAACGAUGCAAGCGCGUGAUUUCAUCGCUACACUUGGGAUUUAUAGGCGAUAGCAUUGAUUGCAAUCGCGCGUUUGUAACCACUCUUGCUGUAAUCAGUUCCAAAUUCCUGAUGAUAAUAAAAAUAAUAGACGCUCCAUUCAAUGGUGCUGGCGCCAGACGCUAAUAUGUAUGGGCAGAGCGUCUGAUUAAAAUCUCAUCGUUCUAGAAUCUCAUAGAAUAUUAAGCCAGGUUUCAUAAUAAUAAUGAAGUUUUGUAAAAGCGAAAUUAUAUUUUGCUUCUAUUUUUUUAAAUUUUGUUUCUUAAUUAUCCGUAUAAUAUGUGUGCUGUAUUGUGUAACGUAAUCUAGAGUAAUAAAUUGGUAUUGUAGACAUUGAUGAAACACUGUGAUAUUUACAAUUUGUAUCAAAACAAGGUGAAAAAUAUUAUCAAAUUUAGUAUUACUAUUGGUCUUGUAAUUGGUCCUUGACGUAUUGCUAUUAAUAUACUGAUUAUUUAUGUCAGGACUAUUGAUGUAGGACACGGAAGUGUCGAAAUGAGUAGUUUUUAUUUCAUUAGUACUUAAGGAGACAAUACACUCAUGAAUAUAUUUAAAAGAAUGCUAAAAAUAGGUUGAAUUAUAAUAAAAAUGUUCACGUGAACCACUGGUCACAUGUACAAGAACGUUUAAUUUGAAAAAAUAAUGUCUCCAAUCGUCUUUUGAUGUCGAUUAAACGUCCUUACCUCUACCACGAGUUAAGUGUGACAGUUGUCGCUAGCGAUCGCGUUAAUUACUUCACAAUUUUGUAUGGCAAAUUAUACAGCGCCCCUAGCGGUCACAGAAAUAACAUUUUGUAUACAAACAUUUUACGCAGUCGCUAGCGCUGUCACUGUAAACUCAUGGUAGAGGCACUGAUAUACAUAUGUGGCCACAGGUUCAUGUGUACGUUGUCAUCAUAAUUCUACAUUGCUUUUAGAUUCCUCUAAAUAUGUCCAUAAGUAUAUUUAGAUGUGUUGUAGAUUUAGGUAGAGUAAGUUGAAAUUAUAUGUGUUAUGUACUUAUAAAUGAUUAUUUUGACAUUUAAAUAUAUUCGAAGUGAAGUUUUAUUAUGACUGGUUGUUUGUUUUUCAAGCCCCGCACUAAUGAAACCCUGUAUCGCGGA